CAAUUAUGGUUGAGGUAAUUUUUUCUUGAUCUUGCUAGUGAAGAGAAAAUGGCAGGCAUGGAGAGAAACUGCAGUUUCAACAUUUCUACUAAGGACCUGAAACAUAAAAGCUGUUUCAUGGCAAGACACAUGAAAAAGUUGAGCAACAAUGUUAAAGAGUACUCAUAUAAUUAUUGUGGAAAUGAAGAUGAUGAAUUAAUAAUGUGUAGUUGGCCUCCAAGAUGUUACACAUGUAGCUUUUGUAAAAGGGGAUUCAAAUCAGCUCAAGCACUUGGUGGACAUAUGAAUGUUCAUAGAAGAGAUAGAGCAAAGUUCCUCAUGAUGAGACACCACUCACCAUCACCACCACCAACAACAACAAUAACAGAUGAUAAAUAUAGGUAUUCUCUUCUAAACCUCAACAUUAACCCUAACCCUAAUAUUUCAUCGUCGCCAGCACCACCACCACCACCCUCUUCUUCAAGAAGUAUUACUGCCAAAGGCUCUUUCUGCAUGCAAGACAAAGAAUUUGUGAGAUUGGACUUGGAAAUUGGCUUGUUCGCUAAAUCCAAGCAAGAUUUGGAUCUUGAACUUCGACUGUGAUAAUCAAAGCCCUUACCAUCAUUGCCAAAAUUAAAGUUGCAUGUACCUGAUAGCAAAGAACACAACUUUAUUUCUUAAUUAAGUCCACCAAACAAGUGUCAGGAUAUUGAUGUUACCCAACGAACCAAAUUUCUACAACUUUAAUUUAAAGUUUACAAAGGGGAGAAAAGCUUGUUCAAUGACGUUAAGAUCACCUCGAUCGAUUUAUGUACUCGCUAAUUAUUUUAUUUUUGUAUUUUUAAAAUUCUAUUCUUCUCCAUGUAAUUAAUUAAUUAGCUAUUGUAAGUAAUAUGGUUAAUCAGUCUAAGGUAAUUUUAAUUUCCUCUUUAUUAGUAUGUCC